GUAGAAUAAUAGAUAUAUAAUCACAUUGUAUUAAUACUACAUCUUACCUGUCGCUUGCUCGCCAGUUAAGUUUGCGAUAAAAUAUUUCAAUAAUACAUUGGUUCAGAGAGAUAGAUGCGUUUGCUCCAGUCGAGUCGCAGAAUCCUCAAGGAAGUGACGUAGUUUUCCCUGUUGGCCAUGUGACAUCCAAUUUGACAAUGCCGUCUGUUAGCCCAUCUCAAUAUAUUUGCGAUAUGCUUGAUCCAUUCCCAUUUGAGGAGACAUACAUAGAAGGCACUGAUUACACGGGACAACAGCAGCAAAAUCACUUUGAAAAUAUCGUGGAGCCUAUAUUUUGUUCCAGUAGCAAUAAUAGCACAACGGAUCCUGCCAAGAUGCGGGGAGAAUCUCCGGACACAGCGUGCAAAGUUCCGGACUCUACAGACUUUUACCAGGGGUACCCUGCCCAAUCCUACCCCACAGACUACUCGGAGAGUCACGAGAGACUGACGCAACCGGGAAAUUAUGAUGUGCCUUACUGUGCUAAAUUAAUGGAUAGUAGUCCCGUGUGUGAAGACAGAAACGCAAGUUAUGACAGACAAUAUCCACCAAAUAAAAGAGCGAAAAUGUCAGAUUCCAAUGAAUUCGCUCGCUGGUCAAAUAAGCACCCAGAACACUGGUCGUCUCAGGAAGUUCUGGACUGGGUCUUUUACGCCGCCGAGAAGAAUGGAAUUGACUGCGAACACUUAUACGCGGAGAAUUUCCGUAACAUUGCCGGAAUCAACCUCUGUAAAAUGGGUCUGGAAGGAUUCUUACGACUAGAGCCUACCUACGGCCGCCUGUUUUAUAAAAUGUUCAGGGAUUUGUGUGAUGGAUUGUACUAUCAACAAAGAAGCGAAAAUCCCGGGCACCUAAGUCCAAAGGCUAACGAUCUAAGUUUCUCCCCAGCAAAGCCAAGGGAACACAUAACUAUGAAUUCCGAUUCCACGCCUCUCGCUCCAUCGUACUAUUCCGUCCAAGAUAUGGGGAAAAUGGAGUCCGCCCCAUCCCAAUAUAUGUACGAAGUUCCGGGAAUGACCCAAUACAAAUGCCAAAACAUGCCACCGAUGCCAAAUCCAUUCCAAGCUGCACAACUAAAGCAUCACCCCCUACCCCCAUACGGACACAUUCCCUCCCAAAUCAUGUAUUCCAACUUCAACAUGGCCAGACGCCUGCCCUACAUACACGAGGAACACAUUCACCAACCCAUCCGUCGGCGCCCGGGCCGUCCCCGAAUCAAGAGUCAACAUCAUGACGAGGAAAACGGAAGAGAGAAGAAAGCGAAGAACCAGCAUCUAUGGGAGUUCAUUUACGAGAUUUUGAUGAACCCUAUGUACAACCCACAGUUCCUUAGGUGGGAGAACCAGAGGGAGGGUGUUUUCCGUUUUGUUCAAUCCGAGGCAGUGGCUCAGUUAUGGGGAGGCCUGAAAAACAACGAAAAUAUGACCUACGAAAAACUUAGCCGAGCAAUGAGACACUACUACAAGAGGGGAAUUUUGGAAAGAGUUGAAGGCAGAAGACUUGUGUACAAAUUCUCGCGGGUUGCAAUGGAGAGAGUGAGGGAAAAACGGCACUCGAUCUGACUAUCGAAGAAUUGCAAGAAUUAAGUACUGUAUUAAAUGACGUUUGCUAAUCAGCAAAAAAGAUUCACGCAGACCAUCCAGAGAAAAAUAUGGCUGUUUUUAACAGUUUCCAUGGAUUCACGGAUGCUGGCAAAUUUCUGGACGUUUGACUAGCAGUCUCUAGUCAGUUUUGUGUGUUCAAGUCCCAAACUGUUUGGAAUCACGUGCGCAUGCGCUUACACGUAGAUUCUGUCUCUCCAAAAUGGCGAAAAACGCGCAUAGGGAGAAAAGACAAAGACAAGCAAGAGUAAUAAAAGGAAGAAUUCUUUCCUCACAAUUUUGUUUAUAUUAUAUUGUAUGAUUGUGAUUAUUUAUUGUAUCUGAAGACAGUGGUGAGAGAGACUACAAAUUUUGAAGAAAAAAAAUCGUUUUUGUACAUUAUGCAAAGCUGUGUUUGAAAUGAUUUCCUUGUAAAAUAUUCAUCUACUGUACAUACUGAGGAUUAAAAUGCAUAUGAUUACGUGAGAGGGUUACAUAUAACUACUUAAUUUUUUUCAUAUUCUGUUUUCUUAAUUUGGUAAUAACACAUGAAAUUUUUGUUCGGGGGGGGGGGGGGGGGGGGGGUUGAAAGUUUGUUUUAGUUUUGUAUUCAAAGUAAUGGUUGGUAGUUUGUUCUUCAAAGUAUUACCAUUAAACUUUUAAGCAAGAGAACUCGAAGUAAUUUGGAAAGCUCUUUUAUAUUAACAAUUGAUUUUUUAUAACACUUCACUGGCGGUAUGACUUGCUCGGAAAAUAACGUAUUAAUUGAGCAUAUUUGUGUUCUAGAUUCUUUGAACAUUUGAAUUGAUUUUGUAUUUUAUUUAACUUAUGAAUGUCUCUUUUUUUGAAUCUCAUUUAUGUGCUUUUGUUGUUGUAAGUUAUUUUUGUAUGUUAUUUAUACAAAUCAUAAAGAUUUUUUUCUUCUUCUGUGUCAAUGAGCAACACAGCAGCGCCGCAGCAAUUUGAUAUGUUCUGUUGGUAUUUAUUUCUUGUAAAAUAAACUACAAAACGCUUGAAAA